UUCAACGCCGGGCAACAAAUCUUCAUCUAUCGUUGCAUGCCUAUAGUGGUAUCUAUUCUUACCUUUCUAAUAUUUAAACCAUGUGGUGAUUAUUAUAUUAACUAAUAAUGGAUAAUAUUGGAGAGCUAGAUUUAGUGAAUCAUAGCGAAUAUAAAAAAUCUGCUAUAUUUAUGAGGAUCUCCGAUGAUGUCUUGAGCUUGCUUGAAAAAUAUGCACUUAACCAGAAUGGAUCUUCAUCCAAGUUAACAAUAAAAUUUGAUGAUUCAAAUGGAGUUAUAAAAAUGCCAAAUGGUGAAAUUUUUAGUUUCAGCAUUACUGGUAGCACAGCAGGCUAUGAUUCAACUUAUUGUGUCCAGGAAACUGAGAACAGAAAAUUGGAAGCUGUAGCUCUUGUGCAGCGGCAAAAAAUCAUCAUUAAACCAGGUGUUAAUAGUUUUGAAAAAACAAGGUCAAGAUUAACACAUCAACGGAAAGUAAACCUAUGCAGAGAAAUUGAAAUGCCAAAUUCAUUUAUUAGGUCCAAGAAAGUAACAGUAAAAUGCUCUAGUACUUUCCCAGGAGCACCUAAUUCAAUAAUCAUAAAUGGUAAUGAAAAUAAAAGGUUUAUACCCUAUAAGGAUUUUGAUAUUGUAAGCCAAUGUAUAAGAAAAAGGAUCAUACAUAUGUUAGCAUUAAAACCUUAUAAAAGAUCAGAACUUCUGGAUAGACUGAUGAAAGAGGGCAUCUCUGAAUUCGACAAGAGCCAAGUAUUUGCCAUAUUGUAUUUUGUUGGUACUUUCAACGGAAAACUAUUUCAUCUGCAUACCAAGUUAUGGAAGGAAGUUGAAGAUGACUGGAAGUUUUAUUCAGCAAAAGAUGCUGCAAUUGUUAAAAAAAGGAAGCAGGAAGCAUGCCAAACUGAUGUAAGUCUGGUACCCAUAAAUUCAUAUUCAAAAAAAAGUUCAUUUUUGGAUGAAAUCGUUGCCAAUUCUGCGCCAAUCCCAAAACAGAAGAAAACUCGAGUUACAGAAAAAAAACCUGGCCUUUGUUUAGCACAAUAUGAGGUGAUGAAUUCCACAUCUAAAAAUUGCUCUAGUCCUGCUUCUGAAUCCAAAGAAUCUAACUAUCAAGUUAUAUCCUUUCCAUCUUUUAACAAGAAACAUAAAAAGAAAAGAGAAAGGAAGAGGGGAAAAAUGGAUAAAUCUUCUUUGAGCAAUUCAGAUGAAAAGAGUUCCACUGUAAUAAAUAAGACAAAUCAUGUCCUUGAAGAUUUUUCUACGAAAUGUUCAUUAGUGGAUGAAAUGAUUGCCAAUUCUGGGCCAAUCCAAAGGAAACAGAAGAAAACUAGAGUUAAAGAAGAAAAUCCUGACCUUCGUUUAGUACAAUAUGGGAUGAUGAAUUCCACACCUAAAAAUUGCCCUAGUCCUGCUUCUGAAUCCAAAGAAUCUAACCAUCAAGUAACAUCCCCUCCAUCUUCUUAUAAAAAACAUAAAAAGAAUAGAGAAAGGAAGAGAAAGAAGAACAAAAAGUUGCUCUUUUCUUUGAACAAUUCUUCUUUGGCUUCUAAACCUUCACAAUCCACUUCUACUUCUCUACCUUCACAAUCCGCUUUUGCUUCUUCAUUUUCACAUUCCGCUUUUGCUUCAUCUUCACAAUCCCCUUCUGCUCCUUCAUCUACACAAUCCCCUUCUGCUCCUUCAUCUUCACAAUCUCCUGCUGCUCCUUCAUUUUCACAAUCCUCUGCUGCUUUUUCAUUUUCACAAUUCCCUUCUGCUUAUCCACCUUCACAUUCCACUUCUGCUCCUUCAUUUUCACAAUCCGCUUCUGCUUCUUCAUCUUUACAAUCUGCUUCUGUUUCUUCAUCAUAUUCGGCUUCUGUUCCUUCAUUUUCACAAUCCGCUUCUGCUUCUUCAUCUUUACAAUCUGCUUCUGUUUCUUCAUCAUAUUCGACUUCUGUUCCUUCAUUUUCACAAUCCCCUUCUGCACCUUCAUCUUUUCAAUUCCCUUCUGCUCCUUCAUCUUCACAUUCCCCUGCUGCUCCUUCAUUUUCACAAUCCUCUGCUGCUCCUUCAUUUUCACAAUCCUCUUUUGUUCCUCCACCUUCACAAUCUCCUUCUGCUUCUCCACCUUCAUAUUCCACUUCUGCUCCUUCAUUUUCACAAUCCGCUUCUGUUUCUUCAUCUUCAAAUUCUCCUUCAUCACAUUCUAUAUUGUGUAGUAUGUAUAAAAUUCUAACUACAGAAUCUGCAGAUCAUGAUGCUAACGACUUUAGAAGGAAGUUUUGUAAAAUUACUUCAUUUGAACAGAGAGACAGGUAUAAAGAAAUUUUUGAUUUUGAAUGCCCUCUUUACGAUACAUUGAAAGAAAUUGUGAUGGGGGCAAAUGAAAGAAUGACACAUCUGGAAGAAAAGUUGAAAACUUUAUCAGAAGGAACUCAAGAAUAUGAUGCUGCUUUGAUGGCAUUGUUCCAAGUUUAUAAAAUGUACUUUCAAAAUACUUGUUACAAAGAAUGUAGUCGAUUAAUGUAUCAUUUGCAUGAGAAAUUAUUUUACAUAAGAAAUCUUAUUCAUGAAUUUGACAUUGGACAUUCCUAAAAUUAUUUAACUUUUUAAUUUCCUUAUAGUAGGAAUCGGAAUAGCUAUGUAUUCAUGUAUUAGAAUGUUCUUAAUGCCAUUUGUUACUUGGGGCUUGUCUUGCACCAAACUUUUUUUAAACAGUCUUCCCGUGGCUGUAUUUAUUUUAUACUUGAAAUUGAUUUCAAAAUGGCAACCAUCUUUAUUUCUUCCUUUCUAGUUAUUGCCCAUUUUCAUCAUGAUGCUGUUGGUUAAAAUAAUACUUUUACCCAUUAUCAUCAUCGGAUCAUAUUAAUUUAUUGUGAAUAAAUGCUCUUGGCAUGGUUUUUGGUAACAUGUCAUAUGGUAACAAGUUUUUGUAAUAAUUUUCUCAGCAAAUUCUGCCAAAUAUUUAGAAGGUAUAAAUCAUUUCCAUGACUUCAAUUUCUUUGAGAUUUAGCAUAGGAUAAUUAAAACAUGUCAAUUCCCCCCCCCCCUUUACAUGAAAGGAAGUUUGUUUUAUGAAUGUGAAACAUGUAGUCAAUGUUUCUUUUUUGUGAUAUUUUUUGAGCAACUAAGCAAAGAAAAUUCCUUUAUAAAUUUUAUUGUAUUCUGAGAAAAGUUUUUUUUUUUUUUUCAAAACCCCAGUUUUGUAGAUUUAAUGGAAGAAAACUAUAUGUUUGUAUGGAAUAUAUCAGUGUGAAACAUUCUAGUCAGUGUUUUAAUAAGUUCUGUUCCUGUAAAAAAAAUAAAAGCAUUUAUAAAUAAUUAUUUAUUAUAUGAUGGGCAAAUAAAUGUUUGAAAUCCUUUCUUGGGCCCAUAUUAAUUAAUAAAUAAAAUUAUUUAAAUAUUUUAGAUAACCUUUUAAAUUAUUAUUGAAAAUUAAUUACGUCAGUGGCAUUUUGUUUUGUUUUUCAAUGAAUUCUUAAGAAUCUGACAGUAUUGAUGUCUUCUGGUUGUUUAUUUUCAAGUGUUUUUAUGUUGCUCAAAUCACAUAUUUCUUGCUGACUAUCCAAAUAAUUCUGUGCAUUGAGUUGUUAUCUAUGCAUUUGUAAGAUUUUAUUAUGUAGAGCAUUCCUCUUUUUUUUUUUUUUUUUU